UCCAAAAAUCCCAACUUCCCAGCUGAUGCUUUAGAUUGUCCCACCAGAUGCUUACACUUUCCUUUUAUUCGUAACAUUUAAAAGGUAAGAAUGCCUCAUUAUUCCUAUGAUAAACUUUCAAAGCCUUAAAUAAGUACGUAGAAGUUAACAUGAAGCUGACUCUGACCUUGCCGAUUUUCGUUACCAUUUUAACUCAUGCUCUAAUUGGAGGUUGCAAUUGCAAGAUUGUUCAAUUCAUUUUCGGAGACUCUCUUUCAGAUGUAGGCAACAACAACUUCCUCUCUAAAAGCCUUGCUCGCGCGAACUUGCCAUGGUAUGGUAUUGAUUUUGGAAAUGGAUUGCCUAAUGGUAGAUUCUGCAAUGGCCGUACUGUUGCUGAUAUAAUAGGUGAUGAAAUGGGACUUCCUAGACCACCGGCAUAUCUAAAUCAAUCCUUAACAGAAGAUGUCAUAUUGGAGGACGGAGUCAAUUUUGCCUCUGGUGGUGGUGGCAUUCUAAACGAGACAGGCACCUAUUUCAUACAGAGGUUUUCCUUAUACAAGCAAAUAGAGUUGUUUCAAGGAACACAAGACUUAAUUAGAGAAAAAUUAGGAAGCAAAGAAGCUGAGAAAUUUUUCCAACAAGCGCGAUAUGUUGUCGCCCUGGGAAGCAAUGAUUUCAUCAACAAUUACUUAAUGCCAGUUUACAGUGACUCCUGGACGUACAAUGAUAAAUCUUUUAUUCAAUACCUAAUGGAUACUCUCAGAGCUCAACUUAUAUUGUUGCAUAGUUUGGGAGCAAGGGAGUUGAUGGUGUUUGGUUUAGGGCCAAUGGGCUGUAUUCCACUUCAAAGAGUUUUAAGUACAGAUGGUCAGUGUCAAGACAAGACAAAUCAGUUGGCUCUAGCCUUCAACAAAGCAACAAGCGAACUAGUAGUAGAAUUGUCCAACACUCUUCCAAAUGCAAGCUACAAGUUUGGAGAUGCUUAUGAUGUUGUCAACGAUGUCAUUACUAAUCCCGGCAAUUACGGUUUUAGUAACUCUGAUUCACCGUGCUGCUCGUUCGGAAGAAUAAGGCCAGCUUUGACGUGUAUUCCAGCAUCGACAUUGUGCACUGACAGAAGCAAAUAUGUGUUCUGGGAUGAAUACCACCCUUCUGAUAGUGCUAACGAGUUAAUUGCUAAAGAGCUCAUCAAAAAGCUCGGUUUUUUGAAGCCUAAUCAGACCGAUGCUUCUCCCCCUACACCAGUAGCAAUGGGUCCUUCAUCAGAUGAUAUUGGACAGUAGAUUUUCUGCUCAAAAUAUUUUCUUUAACUUCGAAUUUAGAUUUUUUUUAUUAUUACUGUAAUGUUAUUAGUUCAUUGCAAAAUAGCAGGAGCACAUGGGCGUUUUUGUGCUGUUUUAAUUGUUAGUAUAUGUACACCAGUAAGUAACAGAGUGGGGCUUUAUUUGUUUGUCCACUUUAUUAUCAUAUCAACCAUUAAUUAUAAGCUGUCGAAAUAUUCG